AUGCCUCAGGACCAAGGUACGGCUAUACUGACGAGUCUGCCUACUACCAAGUCUGGCUGGCUUAACGGUACGAUGGAGAAUAUCUUUACCGGUAUCAAGAAGGACUACCAUACUCUGGCUUGGGCUGCCGAUGGCAGUUUCCACCAAAACGGCAGAGUUCUCUUCUACUACGGGAGCGACAUGCACUCAGUGGCUCUCAGCUCUGUGUACGAGAACUUCGUAUCUGGACGAGCUUCGCUUGGCGACUCCAACCUUGAAAGCGGCGGAACAUCUUGA